AUGCAGGACAUGGCGGCAAAGAUCCCGGACGUGGGGCUAGCCAAGACCCUCGAGCUACUGCAGCAAAAAGCAAUGGCGAGAUCGCGAAGGAGGCAACUCCUCCACGACUACGCCAUUGUCGAAAUGCCUUCUGCUGCCACUGACGACAUCAUUGCAGUUCUUGCUGUCCAGACGGCCCACGCAAUCCACGAAGAUUGGGAUGCAGACCGGAACCUGGUGGAGCGCGUGGAGCAGGACCCCCUGCGUCUGGUUGGAGGAGUGGAGCUGCGCCGGCAGCUGGGGGAGGAGAUCUCAGGCCUGGGACUUCCGUGCCAGGAUGUGUCCUUCCUGGAGCAGCAUGGGCGCAUUGACUACUCGCUGCUGCACCACCGGCGUGUGGUCUUCGAGACGUCAGCCGGGCAGCUGCACUCGGCCUGCGGGCACGGCGCCUGCCGCCGGUGCCUCAGCGCCCACGUGGAGGCCGCGCUGCCUGGGUGCCUCCGGCAGUGGGCGCUGGAGGUCCAGUGCCCGGCGGCUGGCUGCGGCAGGCGACUCCCGCAGCGCCUGGUGCUGAGCGUCUCGGCUGCUGAGAAGUUGGCGGCGGUGCUGGACCAGGCAGUGGUGUGGCCGGAGGAGGCCCAGUGCCCUCGCUGUGGGGCGGAGAACAGCACCAUCCACGUGAACCGGGCAUGCGGCCAUUCAGCCUGCGCUGAGUGCUGGCUGGCAGACCUGGAGCCGAAAUUGCAAUGGUCCCGGGCCAACUGCACCCUGGACAUCCCCUGCUGCCGCCUGGGCUGCAGCCAGGGCUGCUCUGAGGUGCUCCAGCGCUUGAGCCCGGCGCCUCUGGCGCCUCUGGACGCUGUCCAGAGCUACGUUCAGGAAGUCCAGCAGCACAUGAAGGACUUCUCGGCCUGGUGCGUCCAUGGGGGUGCCCCGUGUACUCCUGGUCCUGAGUGCUCCAAGUGCGGCAGCAUGUCGCUGGCGCUUCUGCACUGCAGUUGCGGGGUGGCAGCCUGCCGACAGUGUUGGCAGCGUUUUGUGGAUGAGCACCUGCAGUGGUGCCGGGACAACUUCGCCUUCUUCCCCGACUGCCUGGCCUUCUGCUGCUCUCCUUUGCACCGCGCGCAGGUGGUGGAUCUCCUGCCCACCAUGACCCAAGACAUCAAUACGCACGAGACCGAGCUGAAGGCCACUCUGCUGCGCCUGAGCUGCGCAGCGCCCCGGGGCAGGGUGGGGCCCAGCUGCCCCAUUUGCGGUGAGGUCCGUGUGGCGCUGCUCUGCCACAAGGGCCACGUCCGUGUGGCGCUGCUCUGCCACAAGGGCCACGAGACCCACGCGGCCUGUGAGCAGUGCUGGGGGCGCUGGGCCGAGGAGCAGUUGGAGCAGUGCGUGCGUUGCCGCCAGCCGCCCGCACGGUGCCUAUGGCCCGACUGUUGCGUCGACAUGAUCGAGGCAGCGCUGUGGACGGAGGUGCAGAAGUCCAGUCAACCACUACAGCAGCACCUCACCAGGCUUGCCCGCAGGAAGCGACUCCAGCGCAGUCCAAUGUAUCCAGCUGCCCUCCAGGUUGACUGCCCCAGCCCAAGCUGUGUGGGUCUCGGCUACCUGGGCUUUGACACUGUGAUGUGCUUCAUUUGUGAGCGCCAAUGGGACGCGGAGUCCGGAGUCACAGACAAGCCUCCCGAGCUGUUGCCUGCGGGUUCCGAGCUGCAGGUGGCAGGUCUGACGGUCCGCAGGUGCCCACAGUGCCAGGAGUACAUCGAGAAGAACGGUGGCUGCGUGCUAUACAUGGGCAUCAUUGACAUCCUGCAGGAGUACACCACGUCCAAGGCGAUGGAAUCAAGAUUCAAGUCGCUCAAGUACGGCUUGAAAAGAAGCUUCAGGAAGCAAUCCACCAUUUCGGACUUCUCAACGGCGGUGUCAUCUGCUCCGCCUGACCAUUACGCCAAACGAUUUCUGGAUUUCAUGAUCGAGCGACUUUGCCACGCUUUGUAG